GACUUGGCGCGCGGCCGGUUGGGCCUAAGUGUGGGGAAGAAGGCAGGUUUAGGAAGCUCUGUGGCCGGAGCGGAGGGGAACUCUGAAGUGAAGGCGGCAGCUGGACUCCACAACUAGGGCUGAGGCCGGUCUGCGGCGGAGGCCGGGUAAGGAAGGGCAGAGAAUCCGUGCUCCAGUUCAGGCGACUCCCCUGAUUCCUCGGCCGCCCCUUGUUUAGCGAGUGGGAAGGGAUCCGGCUGGGACUGUCUUGAAGAGGUUUCCUUGGAAGCAUUUGAAGUUCCCUCGCUCCUAUCUUGUCCCGUGUACUUGAACUUAUUUCAGAGGUCCCUAGUCCAGUUCCUCCUCUCUCUGAUGGGUAAAUUCUGAGCCUGUGUUUCAGAGGUGCAUACGUAGACUAGACAAAGUUCCUAAAUCUACAGAAACGAUACCAGUAGUGAGGUUUCAGAUAAGUAUUUGCCUCCUAUAGUGCUUGUCUCUGCUUUUUGAGACCUUUCCGUUUGUACCUGUGUCAGGCUCUUGAGAAGACCUGAUUGCCCAGUUAGUAUUUUCCCCUUGCUUAGAACGUUCCCAACAAGCGGAUGAGAAUGGAAUAUUUUUAGGAAAUUUGGGGUCUUUAUUAUUAAGACAUUUAAGAACUAUGAGAAAUAUUGGAAUUCCGUAUGUCCUGUCUGUUUUUCUAGCUGAGUGUAUUUAUUAGAUUAUCCUGUACUGAUUCAGUGCACAUUCUUGUAAAAUUACUUCGAUAUUGACAGGAGAGGUGGUCUUGUUAUAUUGUAGUGUUUUGUUUCUAAUUUAUUUGAAUCUUGUUUUCUAGCACUCCCAAACUCCCACUGUCAGAAUUCUUCCAAAAAAUAUUCUUGAUUUCUUUCUGUUGGAUUCGAGUUUGUGACAGAGGUGGGCAGAUUAAGUUUCUGUUGAAGAGCAAGACUACUCUCCCAUGUCCUCUUUUUCUUCUUUCUGGGAAGAAGAAUAUGGAUAAUGUGGUUUUCCUUUGGAAAGCCUCCGUCUGUUGACUCAUGAAAUGGCCACAGAUGAUAAGACUUCUCCAACAUUGGACUCCGCUAAUGACUUACUCCGGUCUCCUACCAGUCCUUCUCAUCUCACACACUUUAAGCCUCUGACUCCUGAUCAGGACGAGCCUGCUUUUAAAUCAGCGUAUAGUUCUUUUGUCAAUCUCUUUAGAUUUAACAAAGAGAGAGGAGAAGGGGUCCAGGGAGAGCAACAGUCUCUGAGUGGAAGUUGGACCAGCCCUCAGCUCCCUUCAAGGACACAAUCUGUGAGAUCACCUACACCUUAUAAAAAGCAGCUUACUGAGGAGUUCCAGCGUCGAUCUUCAGUGUUAGACACCAGAAGGAAGGCAGAACCUACUUUUGGAGGUCAUGACCCUCGCACCGCUGUUCAGCUUCGAAGCCUCAGCACAGUAUUAAAACGCCUCAAGGAAAUCAUGGAGGGGAAGAGCCAGGAUAGUGACCUGAAGCAGUACUGGAUGCCCGAUAGCCAGUGUAAGGAGUGCUAUGACUGCAACGAGAAGUUUACCACUUUCAGACGCAGACACCACUGCCGGCUGUGCGGGCAGAUCUUCUGCAGUCGUUGCUGCAAUCAAGAAAUCCCUGGAAAAUUUAUGGGUUAUACAGGGGACCUCCGAGCCUGUACAUACUGUAGAAAAAUAGCCUUAAGUUAUGCUCAUUCCACAGACAGUAAUUCCAUUGGUGAAGACUUGAAUGCUCUUUCAGACUCCGCUUCCUCUGUGUCUGUACUUGACCCGAGUGAACCCCGUACACCUGUGGGGAGUAGAAAAGCCAGCCGCAACAUAUUUUUAGAGGAUGAUUUUGCCUGGCAAAGUUUAAUUCAUCCAGACUCUUCAAACACCGCUCUUUCAACAAGACUUGUAUCUGUUCAAGAGGAUGCUGGGAAAUCUCCUGCUCGAAAUAGAUCAGCCAGCAUUACUAAUCUGUCACUGGAUCGAUCUGGGUCUCCAAUGGUACCAUCAUACGAGACGUCUGUCAGUCCCCAGGCUAACCGAACGUAUGUUCGGGCAGAGACCACUGAGGAUGAACGCAAAAUUCUUCUGGUACCGGACAGCGUUCAGCUAAAAGAUCUAUGGAAGAAAAUCUGCCAUCACAGUAGCGGAAUGGAGUUUCAGGAUCACCGCUACUGGCUGAGAACACAUCCCAACUGCAUUGUCGGAAAGGAGUUAGUCAACUGGUUAAUCCGAAAUGGACACAUUGCUACAAGGGCACAGGCUAUAGCAAUUGGACAGGCAAUGGUGGAUGGACGUUGGCUGGAUUGUGUCAGUCAUCACGACCAGCUCUUCCGGGAUGAGUACGCUCUGUACAGACCGCUGCAGAGUACAGAAUUUUCCGAGACCCCUUCUCCGGACAGUGACUCGGUGAACUCCGUGGAAGGACACUCUGAGCCGUCCUGGUUUAAAGACAUCAAGUUUGAUGACAGUGACACUGAGCAGGUAGCUGAAGAAGGUGACGAUAAUUUGACUAAUUCUGCCAGUCCUAGCAAGCGCACAUCAGUCAGCAGUUUCCAGUCCACAGUGGACAGUGACUCAGCUGCUUCCAUCAGCCUGAACGUGGAGCUGGACAACGUGAACUUCCAUAUCAAGAAGCCCUCCAAGUACCCACAUGUGCCCCCUCACCCUGCUGACCAAAAAGAGUAUUUGAUUUCUGACAAUGGAGGACAACAGCUAUCAAUAAGCGACGCCUUCAUCAAAGAAUCCUUAUUUAACCGUCGAGUUGAGGAAAAAUCCAAAGAACUGCCUUUCACACCUUUGGGCUGGCAUCAUAACAACCUGGAGCUGCUGAGGGAGGAGAAUGGAGAGAAACAAGCUAUGGAGAGGUUGCUUUCAGCUAAUCAUAACCACAUGAUGGCGCUGCUGCAACAGCUGCUCCACAGUGAGUCACUGUCCACGUCUUGGAGGGACAUCAUCGUAUCCCUGGUCUGCCAGGUUGUUCAGACAGUCCGACCUGACGUCAAGAACCGGGAUGAUGACAUGGAUAUCCGCCAGUUUGUCCACAUCAAAAAAAGCCCAGGUGGAAAGAAGUUUGAUUCUGUGGUUGUCAAUGGAUUUGUUUGCACCAAGAAUAUUGCACAUAAAAAGAUGAAUUCUUCUAUUAAAAACCCCAAAAUUCUUCUGUUGAAGUGUUCCAUUGAAUAUCUCUACAGAGAGGAAACCAAAUUUACUUGCAUUGAUCCUAUUGUGCUUCAGGAAAGGGAAUUCCUAAAGAAUUAUGUUCAGCGAAUAGUUGAUGUUCGACCCACACUGGUUCUGGUUGAGAAAACGGUAUCUCGAAUUGCACAGGAUAUGUUGCUGGAACACGGCAUUACUUUGGUCAUUAAUGUAAAAUCACAAGUUUUAGAACGAGUUAGCCGGAUGACCCAAGGUGAUUUGGUGAUGUCGAUGGACCAGCUGCUUACCAAACCCCACCUGGGCACCUGUCAUAAAUUUUACAUGCAGAUGUUUCAGUUGCCUAAUGAACAAACCAAAACACUGAUGUUUUUUGAAGGCUGUCCACAGCACCUGGGCUGUACAAUCAAGCUUAGAGGAGGCUCUGAUUAUGAGCUGGCUCGAGUUAAGGAGAUCUUAAUAUUUAUGAUCUGUGUAGCUUAUCAUUCUCAACUAGAAAUCUCCUUCCUCAUGGAUGAAUUUGCUAUGCCUCCUACAUUAACGCAAAACCCUUCCUUCCAUUCUCUGAUUGAGGGCCAGGAGGAUGAAGGGGCUGCCCAGGAGCCGUUCAGUGGAAGUCCCCUCCCCCGGGAGCCUGACAUCCCCCCGGACUUUCUGCCUUCUGAUGAUGGCAGUUUGCUAGAAUCAAGGGUUCUGUUUGAGAAGGGUGACCAAGAAAAUAAGAGCGUGCCACAGGAUGUUGCCUCUUUGAAGCCUCAAGAGCAUGCCCCAGCAGCCUGCCCGGUGGGUGCCCCCUGCGCUCUCUUCCCAUCCAUACCAGAGUCAUUGCUGCCGCUCCAUGUGGAUGACCAACAGGACGCCAUAGGCAGCGAGCAGCCAGAGGCUUUGCAGCAAACACAGGAGCUUCCGGAUCCCACAAGCCAGAUGAGAGCCUUUAGAGACCCUCUGCAGGAUGACACCGGCCUGUAUGUUACCGAGGAAGUUACCUCUUCUGAAGAUAAACGGAAGACUGAUUCUUUGACCUUUAAACAAGAGUUGAAAGAUGUGAUCCUCUGCAUCUCACCAGUCAUCACAUUCCGGGAGCCAUUCCUUUUAACUGACAAGGGCAUGAGAUGCUCUACCCGAGAUUAUUUUGCGGAGCAGGUUUACUGGUCUCCUCUCCUCAAUAAGGAGUUCAAGGAAAUGGAGAGCAGACGGAAGAAACAGAUGCUUAGGGAUCUCUCUGGCCUUCAGGGCAUGAAUGGAAGUGUUCAGGCCAAGUCCAUUCAAGUCCUGCCUUCACAUGAGCUCGUGAGCACCAGAAUUGCUGAGCAUCUGGGUGACAGCCAGAGCUUGGGGAGAAUGCUAGCCGAUUAUCGGGCCAGAGGAGGAAGAAUCCAGCAAAAACAUUCAGACCCUUUUGCUUACUCAAAGGAGGCGUCGAGUACCUCAAGUGGCAAAUCAGGAAGCAGAACUGAAGGUGAUGAAGAAAAAGGGUUGAUUACAAGUGAUGCAGUAUGGUCGACAAAGGUGGACUGUCUGAGCCCUGUCAACCACCAGCGGCUGUGUGUGCUCUUCAGCAGCUCUUCUGCCCAGUCCAGCAACGCCCCCAGUGCCUGCGUCAGCCCUUGGAUUGUAACAAUGGAAUUUUAUGGAAAAAAUGAUCUUACAUUAGGAAUAUUUUUAGAGAGAUACUGUUUCCGGCCUUCCUAUCAGUGCCCUAGCAUGUUCUGUGAUACCCCCAUGGUGCACCACAUUCGACGCUUCGUCCAUGGCCAAGGCUGUGUGCAGAUAAUCUUAAAGGAGCUGGAUUCUCCAGUACCUGGAUAUCAGCAUACAAUUCUCACCUACUCCUGGUGCAGAAUCUGCAAACAGGUAACACCAGUUGUCGCUCUUUCCAAUGAGUCUUGGUCCAUGUCAUUUGCAAAAUACCUUGAACUUAGGUUUUAUGGGCACCAGUAUACCCGCAGAGCCAAUGCUGAGCCGUGUGGUCACUCCAUCCACCAUGAUUAUCACCAGUAUUUCUCCUAUAACCAGAUGGUGGCAUCUUUCAGUUAUUCUCCCAUUCGGCUUCUUGAAGUGUGUGUUCCACUUCCCAAAAUAUUCAUUAAACGUCAAGUCCCAUUAAAAGUGUCCCUUCUUCAGGAUCUGAAGGACUUCUUUCAAAAAGUUUCACAGGUAUAUGUUGCUGUGGAUGAAAGACUUGCAUCUUUGAAAACUGAUACAUUUAGCAAAUCAAGAGAGGAAAAAAUGGAAGAUAUCUUUGCACAAAAAGAGAUGGAAGAAAGCGAGUUCAAGGGCUGGACUGAGAAGAUGCAGGCGCGGCUCCUGUCUUCCUCCGUGGAGACCCCCCAGCAGCUGCAGUCAGUCUUCGAGUCGCUCAUCGCCAAGAAACAGAGCCUCUGUGAGGCGCUGCAAGCUUGGAAUAACAGGCUGCAAGACCUUUUCCAACAAGAAAAGGGCAGGAAGCGGCCUUCAGUUCCUCCAAGUCCUGGAAGACUGAGACAGGGUGAAGAAAGCAAGAUAAGUGCAGUGGAUGCAUCUCCACGGAAUGCUUCUCCAGGACUUCCAAACGGAGAAAAAGAGGACCGCUUCUUGACCACCCUGUCCAGUCAGAGCUCCACCAGUUCCCCCCAUCUCCAGCUGCCUACUUCUCCUGAAGGCGUGCCUGAGCAGGCCAUGGGAGCGCCCCCCGAGCUUGAUACUGCCAGCAGUUCUGAAGAUGUAUUUGAUGGACAUUUGCUGGGAUCUACAGACAGCCAGGUGAAGGAAAAAUCAACCAUGAAAGCCAUCUUUGCAAAUUUGCUUCCAGGAAAUAGCUAUAAUCCUAUUCCGUUUCCUUUCGAUCCAGAUAAACACUACCUAAUGUAUGAGCAUGAACGAGUGCCCAUUGCAGUCUGUGAGAAGGAGCCCAGCUCCAUCAUCGCUUUUGCUCUCAGCUGUAAAGAAUACCGGAAUGCCUUAGAGGAAUUGUCCAAAGCCACUCAGCGGAACAGUGCUGAAGAAGGGCUUCCAACAAACAGUUCUUUAGACAGCAGACCAAAGAGUAGCAGCCCAAUUAGAUUACCUGAGAUCAGUGGAGGACAGACAAACCGUGCCGUAGACGCAGAACCACAACCAACCAAAAAGGCUUCUGGAAUGUUGUCCUUCUUCCGAGGGACAGCAGGGAAAAGCCCUGACCUCUCUUCCCAGAAGAGAGAGACCUUACGUGGAGCAGAUAGUGCUUACUACCAAGUGGGGCAGACGGGCAAGGAGGGGACGGAGAAUCAAGGCAUUGAGCCUCAAGAUGAAGUAGAUGGAGGAGAUACACAGAAGAAACAACUUACAAAUCCUCAUGUGGAGCUUCAAUUUUCAGAUGCCAAUGCCAAGUUUUACUGUCGGCUCUACUAUGCGGGAGAGUUUCAUAAGAUGCGAGAAGUGAUUCUGGGCAGCAGUGAAGAAGAUUUCAUUCGUUCCCUUUCUCACUCUUCUCCAUGGCAGGCCCGAGGAGGCAAAUCAGGAGCUGCCUUUUACGCUACUGAAGAUGACAGAUUCAUUUUGAAGCAAAUGCCUCGUCUGGAAGUCCAGUCUUUUCUUGACUUCGCACCACACUACUUCAAUUACAUUACAAAUGCCGUUCAGCAAAAGAGGCCUACUGCAUUGGCCAAGAUUCUUGGAGUUUACAGAAUUGGUUAUAAGAAUUCUCAGAACAACACUGAGAAGAAGCUAGAUCUCCUUGUCAUGGAAAAUCUUUUCUACGGGAGAAAGAUGGCACAGGUUUUUGAUUUGAAGGGUUCACUUAGGAAUCGAAAUGUAAAAACUGAUACCGGGAAAGAGAGCUGUGAUGUUGUUCUUCUGGAUGAAAAUCUCUUAAAGAUGGUUCGAGACAACCCUCUGUAUAUCCGUUCUCAUUCCAAAGCUGUGCUGAGAGCCUCGAUCCGGAGCGACUCCCACUUCCUUUCUAGCCACCUCAUUAUAGACUAUUCUUUGCUAGUUGGGCGAGAUGACACCAGCAAUGAGCUAGUAGUUGGAAUUAUAGAUUAUAUCCGAACAUUUACCUGGGACAAAAAGCUUGAGAUGGUUGUGAAAUCAACAGGAAUUUUAGGAGGACAAGGUAAAAUGCCGACCGUGGUCUCCCCGGAGUUGUACAGGACUAGAUUCUGUGAAGCCAUGGACAAGUAUUUCCUGAUGGUGCCAGACCACUGGACAGGCUUGGGUCUGAACUGCUGAGAUGAAGCACGUGCUCUGAAACGGGCCAGGAGGAGAGGGGGCCUGGAGACAGAGGACCACAAGUCAGCCACAUGUUUUAUUUCUUCGUCACAUUCACCACAGCGUGCAAAGGCCUUUCAGUUCUGAGGUUGGGUAGGCCAUCUGUGGCUGAAGGGUUGAAACUCCAUGGAUUUGCACUUUGGUUUUUGAUACCCACAAGUUAGCUAUCCGUGGGCUGGGAAAUUGCACAAAUAUUUUGUUCGCAUAAGCUGAAAUCUGGAUUCAUUUCAAAGGGCUGAGGACAAAUGUAUGGUUGGAGAUGAGAUUGGCUGAACAAUGGUUUGUCAUGUUUGUUGACAAUCCCAUAAAGCAAACAGUGUCUCAUAGAUUGUGACUCUCACAUUGGAUACAGUCUUUAUCUGGAAAAGAUUGGUAGAGCUGGUGAAUUUUUCUUGUUUAUUAUGUAACAAUUUAAUGUUUACCUAUUAUCAGAAUUUCUGAAACUUUAAAACAAUUCUGAAUUAUUCUAUCAGUGGCCAGUUAAACAGAUGGAUGCAAGCUGUUCUUGUUCUGCUGAGGAAUUUGACUUAAAUUGGGAAUCCUCUUGUGUUCUCUAUCUUGCCCUGUUUUCAAGUAUGUUUGAUAUUUUUGAAGUUCCGUCACUUCUUGUCUGUGGGUGACAGGAGGCCACAGCCAUUAACUUCAGGCCUUUUUCUGGAGCUGUUUUUUAAGCCUGGUUACAAUUUUUGUGCAAGUAAUAUGCAGAACUGCACUUGUCUGCACAUGCUCAUAGUUUAGGUUUUUCUCCCACUUUCAGGGAGAUAUUACUAAAUGAGUCUAAAAUGACUAAAUCCCAAAAGGGAUAAUUAUUAAUGGAAGAUUAUUUUUAAUCUAAAAAGAAAAAUUAGGCCUGAUCCAAGAAAUUGGGCGAGGGAAGCACUCGCCUGUUCUUUGUAGAGGUAAAGGACCUGUAGUGUAUUACAGUAUACUAUAGGUAUAACUGGUGAUUUAUGUAGCAUCUAUAAAAUUAAGAUGUUUCCCGUAGGACAUCCUUGUUCUCUAACUUUCUGUACGAAUUUCUAGGCCAGUUCUGACUGUUGAGAAAUGUUAAGAAAUAAGGUAUUCUUAGUGAGAAACUCCUUGUUUAAUAGUUUUUGUUUGUCUAAAAAGUGAUCAGAAGUACUAAACUAUGGCUAACAACACAACCCCAGACACUUUCUCUUGGCUUCUUUCCAUAAUAAGGCUAAUUUGGGGAUUUAUAACAUUUUAAGGUUUCCACUCUGUCAGGCUUCCCAUAGUAGCAUGUUUGUUUUGCAACGUUCACAUAAUAAGAAAAAGUCUGGAUACAUUCCAGUUACAGAGACUUAAGUUUAUGAAAUAGGAACAUUUUGGAAAGUUUACUUGAGAAAAUGAAAGCAUUAAUUUGGUGUUUGGUGCUUAUUAGAGACAUGGUUUGCGCUAGAAACAAGCUGACCAAGGACUUCGACUGAUCUGAUGAUAAGCAUUUUUUUUUUUUUUUAAAACAUACGGUGUGCCUUUCGAACAAUACAAAGCCCUGAUGUUGGUUUUGAUGUCAAAGACCAGUCCAGGACUGGAAGAUGUGAAGAUAUUCACCCGUCUCGUGUCCAGGAACAAUGGAUACUGCAUCUCAUUUCGAAUGUAAACAUGUCUUGCGUCUCUGUUUAUUUUUGUGUGUCAAGAUACUUAGGGUUGUUUACCCUGUCCAUUGCUCACACCUCUAGUCAGGAACACUUCCAGGAGCAGGUGUCUUCCCCCAGAUGCAAUCAGAUUGUUUCUCUCUUUUGGUCUCAGUACCGUAUGUACAGCUUGAGUGCUCCAUUGGAAUAGGUCUUGACAGUAAUGCGUCUUCUUGAUUUUGGUUUCCUUGCCCUUGACUUGAAGAACCAAUUAUUAUUAUUAUUUUUUUAAGUACUGCUGUUGCUUAGGUAUUUUUGUGGCUAAAAAAUUCCAAUGUAAUUUAAUCUGAAGCAAUACUUGUUUCCUUGCAAGGGUGGUCUGUCCAUUUAAAACUGUGUUAAUGAAGGGAAAAUAUAAAACUUAAUUUGUCAUGAGUGGUAGAACUGUAUAUACCUGGCCUCUUGCUGCUCUUAUUUAGGCCACUACCAGAUACAUAAGGCUUUUCAAAUACUGUAUCCUCAGUGUUAGGCACUGAGUGACUGUUUACCUCUGUUGAAUUCCCCAUCGAGGCCUGGAGAACCUUGAUGCUGAAAAGUUAAGAAUGAGGAAGGAAUCUUAAUACUUUCUUCUGUAGCAUAAAAAACAAAUUCUGAGAAUAGUUGAUAGUAGCACAAGAAAGCUAUGUAAACAUGUUGCAUUGUAUAAAAAUCUUACCUACAGAUAUAAACUGUUUUAAUGCCAUCAGAACUAAAAAUAUAAAGGAUUUCCUGUUCCUUUUUUUCUUUUUUACCCAAGCCUGAGAAAAAUAAGGGGAAUAAACUGUUGCAAGCCCUUUUGUAGUCUAUUGAAUAUUUUAAAUUUAUAGAUACUCAAAUUUUCAUACAGAAUGUCCUACUUAUAAUUGUUUUCUUGAUUCAGCAAGUGAGUGGUUUUCUAGCUUUGGCUUUUAUUUGGUAUUGUAAAUAGUAGGGUUGUAUUGGUUUUUGUGGCAUUAACUUCUCCUUGGCUUUUUACCCAUUAAUGGUGGACUUAUAUAAAACUGCUGAGGAAAGUUAUCUACCUACAGAAAGUUUGCUUUAGCUAGCAGAGUACAAACCCUUCUGAAUGAGCCUGGUGGUAAAACCGACUAGGCCAUUCAUUAUUCCUCAAGUGUUAACAUACUGACUUAAGCAGUAUUCAAACCAUCUAGUGCAAUGCCUUCUUUGUUUGUUUUUGUAACACGGGUGCAGUUGUAUUAUAGAAAAAUAAAAAUUACAAUCAUGAGCAGUUUCAUUAAUGCUGCUCUGCUGGUUUUGUAAAAGAAAAAUGUACAUUAUGUCUUUGACAGGUUUCAUUUUAGUGAGAGAAAUGACAUUGUAAAUCAGAAUAGCCUCUUUUAAUUUAAUAUGAAAAAUCCUAUUAACAAUAUUGAAAAUACUUAGUGUAUUAUAUUGUAUAUAUUUCUCUACUUUGGUUCCGGCUGUUUUAUAUGAUUGACAUGUUAUUUAAGAGAUAAAACUGCCUUGACCUUUUGGAGACUUAACACUGUAAAAAGAGAACUUACAAUAAACUGAGAAUCAACUUCA